AUGGUUGAGUAUGGUCGUGGUUUAAUUGGUUAUAUUCUCAGUAUUAUAUCUCUUGUUCAUGGUUCAAUUGCUUUGAUUGUUUGUUGCAUAGUACUUAUUGGUAUAGCAUAUCACUCUUACCAUUAUCAUCGUGGAAUGAAACGUACAGAGAAAGUUACUUUAAUGCUUUCAGCUAAUAUUUAUUUUUUUAUACUGAUGUUCAUGGCAAUACUCAUUGUAAACAACACGCAAACAUUGAUCGGGGAUAUGUAUGGAGUCGAUUUUAGUACUAACAGAUCUUUAUGCAUACUCAAAGGCUAUUCUAUCGCAUCAAUUUGCUGUGCUACAUAUAGCAGUUUCAUUAUCCAAGCAUUGUAUCGGCUGUUUCGCAUUGUCUACCAUAAUUACCGGCGAGUUCAGCUAUAUUGGUUUUAUCUGAUCAUCACUCCUAUUCAGUUAGCGGCAGGCUUUCUUUUCAUGUCUCCAGUUGUUAUAUGGCAUGGUAUAACUUAUAUACCAAACGAUUACUACUGCUACUUUGAAUUUACCAAUUUUCGUGCUACUGUGUGGUCUGCUUCUAAUGCUUAUGGAAUACCAAUAGUUUGUUUGCUAAUGAUUUACACGCGAAUCACUUUGUUCAUUCGAAAUCAUUCGGCGCGUCAGACAAAUAUAGUGAAACAGCGACAAAAUCGAGAUUUGGUAGCAGUGCAGCGUAUAAUUGUCAGUGUCGGUAUACUACUCACACUUGGCCUUCCAACUUUAAUUCUCUUCUUCAUUUUAUUGAUCACUAACUUUGAGCAACCAUUAUUCCAUCGUACUAUGUGGCUCGAUGUUGAAGUAACGAUGGCAAUCUUGAGUGUAGGAACGGUAUGGAUGACACCACAGUUAAAGAAUAUUUUCCUAGGAAGAAUGCUGCCCAAUAGAAUAAUACCUGUUGGAACUUUAUUUCGUCCCCAACCUAAUACUACUACUACAUAG